AUUUGGAUUUGUGAAGACACGGGAGUGACAUGAUGGUUACCAUACCGAUAAAUCAGAACAAACAACCUAAGCCUGAAUCCGACAUCAUCAUCGUCACAUGAAGAUGAACCUGCUCUUCUCUCUUCUCCUUCUUGCUUCCACACUUACCUCUUCUCUUGCCAGAGUUCUCUUGCAAAGCCUUGUUCCUCCUUCAGAAGAUUUCAAUAACUGUAGUAGUGCAAGGCAUUUGUUAGAGGACAAUGAAUCUCGGGCUCAUACAAGUGUUGAUUUGGCACAAGGAUAUAUGACCAAUGCUGACCUUGAAAGGGCCAUCAAGGAAUUUGGACAAAGAUGCAGCAACAUUUCUAGGAUAUACAGUAUUGGGAAGAGUGUCAAGGGAGUUCCACUGUGGGUGAUAGAGAUUUCUGACAAGCCGGGAGAAGAAGAGACUGAACCUGCAUUUAAGUAUAUUGGAAAUGUGCAUGGAGAUGAACCUGUGGGCCGUGAGCUUCUUAUGUUUUUGGCCAAUUGGUUAUGUGAUAACCAUUUGAAAGAUCCUCUGGCAACAUUGAUUGUGGAGAAUGUUCACCUCCAUCUACUUCCAUCAAUAAAUCCUGAUGGUUUUAGUUUAAGAAGGCGUAAUAAUGCUAAUAAUAUUGAUCUAAACCGGGAUUUUCCUGAUCAGAUCUUUCCUAUAAAUGAUGAUGAGGAUUCUCUGCAACCUGAAACCAGAGCAAUAAUGAAUUGGUUGAGAGAUAUACGAUUCACAGCAUCUGCCACUUUGCAUGGGGGUGCACUUGUUGCAAAUUAUCCUUGGGAUGGUACCCAAGAUAAAAGGACAAAUUACUAUGGAUGUCCUGAUGAUGAUGCAUUUCGAUUCAUGGCAAGUAUAUAUAGUCACUCUCACUACAAUAUGUCUUCAAGCAAGGAGUUUCUUGGUGGAAUUACAAAUGGAGCAGCAUGGUAUCCUCUAUAUGGAGGAAUGCAAGAUUGGAACUAUAUACAUGCUGGCUGUUUUGAAUUGACCUUGGAAAUUAGUGACAAUAAAUGGCCUAAUGCUGCUGAGCUUCCUAUUCUUUGGAAAUACAACAAAAUGAGCAUGCUUAAUCUUGUUGCAAGCCUUGUGAAGACAGGAGUGCAUGGAAGAAUAUAUUCUUCAGGUGAUGGAAGGCCAUUACCAGGCUCAAUAACUGUCAGUGGAAUAAACUACACAGUUAGGGCUGGAAAGACUUUUGGUGAUUUCCAUCGCUUACUUGCCCCAAGAGAUAGAUAUGAAGUAGUGGCAUCCAUGCCCGGCUACAAGUCAAAGAAUACAUCUAUUUGGUUGGAUGAAGGACCUAUGACAUUGGAUUUUGUUCUUGACCCUGAAGUCAGUGUCAAAGGAAGUGUACUACAAAAUGUCUAUGAUUGCAAUUGUAACAGUAAAAGCAAACUAGAAUUUGUUCAGUUUAUUUGGGGAGCACACAUGGAAGUUUACUUUGUUUUCAUUGUUAUUUUAGGGUUUUUAUGCUUAUUAUUUCAGAGGAGAGUAAAGAAAUUUUCUACAAACAGACAGUCAGCGGGGGCCAAAAAAACUCUUGUGGUUUGAGGCUUUUGAUAAGUUAUUUGUGUCAAAUUUUGUUGUAUAUUAAGGUAGGUAAAGAGGUCAAACUUUUUUUUUUUCA